AGGGGCCACCCCAGUGCCCCCCGGCUUCAUGGUGCGGACCCCCGGGGGCCAUGGCAAGGAGGACGCGGGGCAGUGAGGAACAAGAUGAAUUGCACUAUCAGGACACGGACUCAGAUGUGCCGGAGCAGAGGGAAAACAGGUGCAAAGUCAAAUGGACCCUUGAAGAGGAUGAGCAGCUGAAAGUGCUGGUGAGACAGUUUGGGCAGAAUGACUGGAAGUUCCUGGCAAGCCACUUUCCUAACCGGAGCGAUCAACAGUGCCAGUACAGAUGGCUGAGGGUAUUGAAUCCUGACCUGGUCAAGGGACCGUGGACUAAAGAAGAAGAUGAGAAGGUCAUCGAGCUGGUGAAGAAGCAUGGCACCAAGCAAUGGACGCUGAUCGCCAAGCACCUGAGGGGGCGUCUGGGCAAACAGUGCCGGGAGCGCUGGCACAAUCAUCUCAACCCCGAGGUCAAGAAGUCCUGCUGGACGGAGGAGGAGGACCGCGUCAUCUGUGAGGCCCACAAGGUCCUGGGCAACCGUUGGGCUGAGAUCGCCAAGCUGCUGCCCGGGAGGACGGACAACGCCGUGAAGAACCACUGGAACUCCACCAUCAAGCGCAAGGUGGACACGGGAGGCUUCCUGAGCGAAACUAAGGACUCCAAGCCCGUCUACCUUCUGGUGGAAGUGGAGGAACAGGACAGCCCGGGUGCCCAGCCAGCGGACAGCCAGACGAGCCUCAUAACCAGCUGGCCUGGCGAUGCCCUGGAGCUGAAGGAGGAAGAGGUCAGUGAGGAGGAGGAGGAGGUGGCAGCAGCUGCGGCCGCCAUCGCCGCAACCCCCCCCAGCCAGCAGGAGCAGCCCCCCGAGCAGCUGUCCGCAGCGCCAGCCCCAGCCCCUGUGGAGGGAGCCCCCGAAGAGGGGGAGCCCGAGGUCUCCCCCCGCGACGGUAGCUCUCCGUACAAAUGGGUAGUGGAAGCGGCCAACUUCCUGUGCCCAGCCUCGGGGCCAGCCUUCACGGAAGCCCUGGACCUGAUAGAAUCGGAUCCCGACGGGUGGUGCGACCUGAGCAACUUCGACCUGCCCGAGGACCAGUCUCCCGGUGUUGGCGGUGGAGGUGGCAGCAACAGCAGCAGUAGCAGCGAUAGCAGUCCGGUCCAGCAGACGUCCAGCAAGCCUCCCGCCUCUCUCCCCAGCGUGACCGAGUACCGCCUGGACGGGCACACCAUCUCGGACCUGAGCAAGAGCAGCAAAGGCGAGCUGAUCCCCAUCUCCCCGCGCACAGACGUCCGCUUCGGCACACCCCCGUCCGUCCUCAAGCGGCACAAGAAGAGGAAGAUCACCCUGUCUCCGGUCACCGAGAACGGCACCAACACCACCCUCUCCUUCUUGGACUCGUGCAACAGUCUGACGCCCAAAAGCACCCCGGUGAAGACGUUGCCGUUCUCCCCUUCUCAGUUUCUCAACUUCUGGACCAAACAGGACAGCCUGGACCUGGAGAGCCCUUCUCUCACUUCCACCCCCGUGUGCAGUCAGAAGGUGAUUGUCACCACCCCGCUGCACCGUGACAAGACUCCCCUGCACCAGAAAAACUCUGCGUUUGUGACCCCGGAUCAGAAAUACUCGAUGGACAACGCGCCGCACACGCCCACCCCUUUCAAGAACGCCCUGGAGAAGUACGGACCACUCAAACCUCUGCCCCAGACCCCCCACCUGGAAGAAGACUUGAAAGAGGUGCUGCGAACAGAGGCGGGCAUCGAACUCAUCAUUGAGGAUGACGUGAAGCCGGACAGGCCCAAGAGGAAACAAGGGCUACGCCGGAGUCCCAUUAAGAAAGUUCGGAAGUCUCUCGCUCUGGAUAUUGUGGAUGAGGACGCGAAGCUAACGCUCUCUUCCCUGCCCAAGGUCAUGGGCUUCAAGAGGAACCAGUCCACAAGCUUCCUGUCCAGCUCCCUAAACCUGUCUUCGAGCAGUAGGAACGACAACAGUUUGCUCAACCGGGGGUUCGUGCAAGCCAAACCUCAGGCCAGGCCACAGGCCAAGCCGCACACCAAGCCGCAGGGAAAGUCUGAGAAGGCCUCGCUCAGGAAAACUCCAAGUCGACCCCAGGCUCCCGCCCCGAUGUCUAAAGCUUGGAAAGCGGUUGCCUGCGGUGGAACUAAGGACCAGAUUUUUAUGCAAGAGAAAGCCAGACAGAUCCUGGGCGCGCUGAAACAGAGCCACACAUCACGGACACUGAUUUUAUCAUGAAGGACUGGAUCUAUCUGCUUUUGCCUCUUCUAAUUUUUUUUAAUAAGGGCCGAUGGGGGAAUGGACGCAUGCUUGGUGUGGAGGUGGGGGAUCUCCCCGCCUCCUUUGGUGACCCUGGCAUCUGGAGCCUCGGCAGGCUGUGAGUUGCCAGUGAGAUAAAGGGGAGCAGGGUUGGAUGGUGCUACACCACUCACUGUUUUCAGGCCUUCCUUGGCCCCCACUUCCCAGGGGCUCUUCAAGUUUUCCUCGUCGACAGAGGAGUAUCUCGGGACGACGCUAGCGGAAAACCGAUCGGUGCGUUUCUCUGGAGCCUCCCCGGUGGAGGAGUGGUUAGGGUUGGGCCUGGGAAUCGAUUUCCCGUUGCUGCAGCGAACGGAGAGCGGCUCCGCUCGUGACUUUACCUGCCUCAGCACAGGGGCCGGGCCCCGGGGUAAGGAAGCUGACGGGAGAGGGACCAUCUCAGGGGAGGGGGCCUGGGGUGGGGGACUAGGGGUGGCGAUGACCCUC